AUGAAUGGAGUGGGUCGGGUAAUAGUGGGGUCUGGCAAUACGCGAAUUGGGCGUUCGUAUACUCCGGGGGAGAGCCUUUCACUCAAGAGGUUUUUGAAAUCGAUUAACUUGCUAAGUACCCCCUUCAGCAGAGCAAUUGUGCUGCCGCUUCUUGUUUCUCUCCUGGCGAUUGCAGGCAUUGGAUGUGAUGCCACUGAAGAGCUAAUUUCGCCGUCCACGCCCACGCGGGAUUCCCCAAUAGCCCCAGCCACGGUCACGCCUCCCCCGGCCGUGACCGAGAUCUCAUCUGACGCAACUCCGUCGCCCUUCGCCAACACCCCAACAGCCGUUGGACUGGUCCUGCCGAUAUCCAUAGCCCCGGUUGCCUCAAACCUUCCCGAGUAUGAUCGCAGUUCGUGGCGUCACUGGACGGACGAAGACAGCGACUGCCAGAACGCCCGGCAGGAGGUCUUGAUCGCCGAAUCAACCGUGGCCGUUACCUACCAGACGGACGAGCGGUGCCGUGUGGCGACCGGGGAAUGGGUGGGACCAUACUCCGGGGAUCCGGUAGACCACCCCGGAGACCUGGAUGUGGACCACAUGGUGCCGCUGGGAAACGCUCACCGUUCGGGAGCCUCGAGCUGGGACAAAGAGCGCAAGCGAGAGUUCGCCAACUACCUGGGAUACGAGAAUCACCUGAUCGCGACUACUAGCUCCGCAAACCGGUCCAAGGGAGCCAACGGCCCGGAGGAAUGGCGCCCGCCACUGAAAGACUACUGGUGCGUCUAUGCCAUUGACUGGGUAAGCAUCAAGAACCAGUGGGGACUGACAGUAACAGAAGCGGAAUAUGUCGCCCUUUCCGAGAUGCUGGCCACUUGUGAAACAACGGUGCUCCUCCAGCCCAGCAAGGGCACGCCACCGCCGCCGUCCACUCCGACGGUCCCGCCAUCCAUACCGAGGGACCUGCGCUACGACCCUUUUGGCCCUGACCGCGAUUGUGGAGAGUUCGACACCUACUCUGAGGCGCUCGCCUUUUUCCUGGCCGCCGGAGGCCCGGAAGCCGAUCCCCACAGGCUGGACUUGAACGAUGAUGGUCGGCCCUGCGAGACCCUUCCGGGCGGACCUUCGGCCAGCGAGACAUCAUCACCCCCAGAACAGGCUGCAACAAUGUUGAACGGGAGCAAUCCAACCAUGGCCCCCGAUGAGACCGGCUGCUCGGAGACAGGUGAGUCCCAGGCCAUCGGCAAUAUCGGGACUGUGUCACAGUUGAGCAGCCGAACCGCGUCCGACUGCAUACCUGCGCCGCCACCCGCUUCACCCAUUCAGCAGCGAGUUCCCGAUUCUCUCGUUUCUACUCCAACACCCGCAUCCACACUUUUGCUCACACCGCCUGUCGCGACCCCGGCUGGACCCACUCCGGAACCCACUGUCAGCCCACACCAACCCGAACCCCAGGUAAAUUGCAGCGAUUUCUCCGAUUGGCCGUCGGCACAGGUUUUUUUCGAGUCCCAGGGUGGCCCUUCAACCGACCCAUACAAUCUGGACAGUAACCGGGACGGCGUGGCCUGCUCGUCUCUGACCGGGGCGCCCUGA